AUGGUCGCGCGUUUGCGUGCAAACCAAUUUGAGGCAGCCGUUUCGGAGAACGAGACCCUGCCAUUUGAGCCAGAGACAUUUGAUUUGGUGGCGAGUGUUCUUUCCCUACAUUGGAUCAAUGAUCUUCCGGGCCUGCUCAAUCAGGUUCGAACUGUGUUGAAGCCGGAUGGUCUGUUCCUGGCCUGUCUGUUUGGUGGCGAGACUUUGAACGAAUUGCGGACCGCACUGAUCGAAGCCGAAAGUGAGAUAUUGGGCGGGAUCAGCCCGCGCUUAUCACCAUUACCAAGUUUGCAGGACAUGGCUGGCCUAUUGCAGCGCGCGCGCUUUGCGUUGCCUGUUGCGGAUAUUGAACGGGUCACCGUGCGCUAUGAACACCCAAUGAAAUUACUGCAGGACCUGAAGGGGAUGGGAGAGCAAGCCGCAUUCGCGCCGCGCGACGGGCAGGUUCGCAGACCGCUUUCGCGGCNGCAGCGGAAAAUUCAGCCUGGCGGAUGCCGUAAAACAAUCGCAGAAUCGUGGCAGCGAUAA